AAAAAACUAAAAAAGUUAAUUUUAAAUUAAUAACAAAUAAAAGUACUUACAUUUUCUUCAGAUGACUAGGAAUCAUUGAUUUAUCUUUAUUAGCCCGUCUUUAAAACGAUAUAUUAUUCCUUAAAAUGCAUUUUCAAAAGCUUUACUCGCUUUAGUAUGCUGCCUGAAAACUUACUUUUUAACUUUUAUUUUUAAAUGUUUACUAAAUUUUUCUUCAGAACAUAGUGUUUAAACAAUUCUAUCUUGUUUACUAGGCCAUCCUUGAAGGAACAGCUUCUAGUCAAAGACCUCCCGGGCAAUAGCUCUAUCCCUAUCUAAUGGAGGAAGUAAUUUUUCUUAUGUUGAUUCUGCCAUUUCAGUAUCAGAAUCAUACAUUCGUCUUCUCACUAUGGGAGCACCUUUUAUUACUUGUGCAUAGAUACUAAAUUGUCUUACAUUUUAGGAUGUCUGGAGGCUUCAAUAUUGUCAGGCCUUAAGAAAUAUAGUGUCGAAGAUGAAAUGACAAUCCAUUUGAGUUGUACCACAUCAUAUGUAUUUGGAGAACAUCUUUUGCAGCAGUAUUCUGAUCCCUUCAAGAAUAAUAUAUAUAUUUGUGAUUUGUGAAGAAGGAAUUUCCAUGCAAAGAUAAUCUAACACAACAUAUAUGGACUCACUCUGAAGAACGUCAUUUUGUAUGUCCUGUAUGUAGUAGAAGUUUUGCACUAAAAGGAAAUCUUAAUUAUCACUAGAGAAUUCACACUGGAGAACGCCCUUACAAAUGUAGUAUUUGUGCCAAAACAUUUGCUAGACCUAAUACACUUCGGAAACAUAUUGGAACACAUAUGAAAUAAUUAUAAAUGUAUGGCAGAUAAAGUGAGAUACAUGCUAACUAGAAUUGUAAAAUUAAUAAACUAUGCCAAUGUACUUGGAGGCUGUCUAUCUGAGAUAAGUGUUGCAAUUAUGAAGGAUUUACUAAGGGAAAAUGAUUCAUAUUUGUCAAGCAGGGAAAAUCCCAUCAAACUUCUCCUUCACCUGCUGGGCAACAAUCUACUAGCACUUCACAACUUUGACUUCUCAGGAUUGGAAACUUUUAGAAGAAUUUCUGAUAGCGGUAUUGCUUAUAUGGAGUCUAACAAUUUGUUGGUUCCUACCAGAGACCAGUCUGAAGGGCAAGGCAAACAGCUACUUUUCAGGAAUCAUUCUAAUAUUUGCAAGUUCUGCAGUAAAUCCUUUAGCCAUAAAUCUAACUUGAAAAAGCAUUUGAAACUUCACACUGGGGAACGUCCUUUUGUGUGUCCUACUUGUAAAAAAAGUUUUGCUGCAAAAGGAAAUCUCAUUGUUCAUUUAAGAAUGCAUACAGGUGAACGUCCAUACGUUUGUCAAGUUUGUGGCAAGAAGUUUAGUCACAGUUCAAAUCUCCGCAUUCAUUUUAUGGUUCAUAUGAGAUAAAAGAUAUUCUAAAAAUAUAUGCUAAGUGUAAAUAUUUUGGAUUUUGCUUCUUAAAUUCAUAUCAGUAAAUCUUUUACUUUGAUUUACUGAUUUAAAUUUAUUAUGUCAAGAUAGAUGCAUCCAUUUAUUUAAUUAAUGCCUUAUUUAUAUAUUAGAUUUUUUUAUAUAUAUUUUUUAGGUAUGAGU